AUGGCCUUCUCCUACAGCGCAGCUGCUGCUGCAGCUACAGCGGGCCCGUCCAGCGCGGGCCCCUCGACGUCCGCCGCUCCGGAACCCGCCUCGACCGGCAUCAAGCACUUGAUCCUCGACGCCGGACCCCUCCUGUCCCUCACCCCUCUUCGCCACUUGUCGAGCUCGUUCCACACCACUCCCAUGGUCCUUGCCGAGCUGCGUGACCCCAAGGCCCGCCAGCACUGGGAACACCUCAAGCUCACUGGCCUGGAUGUGCGCGUCGAGGCCCCCUCGGCCGAGGCAAUGGCCAAGGUCAUUGCGUUCGCCAAGAAGACCGGUGACUUUGCCGUCUUGUCGGCUACCGACAUGAGCGUCGUCGCUCUCACCUACCAGUAUGAGGUUGCCGUCAACGGUGACGCCCGUAUCCGUACCGCUCCGGGACAGAAGCUGCCGCCUCUGGCUGGUGUCCCGCCAGUGGUGGAGGAGGAGAAGAAGGACGCCGAGGAGGACUCGGAGUCGGAGGGCGAGGAGGUCGAGGUUGAGAUUGAGGCUGAGGCCGAGGCCGAUGCUUCCGCACCGACUGAGCAGACUGCCGAGGAAGCCGCUCCUGUUUCCAAGACCUCUGUUGAGGAGAUCACCCAGGGUGUUUCUGAGCUUGCCACUGAGGCUACUCCUGCUGAGACCCCUGCGCCUGCAGCCCCCGCCGCUGAGGUCCCCGGCUGGGUCGAGGACGACGAGAGCGACGGCGGCGAGUGGAUCACCCCUUCCAACGUCCAGAAGCACCGCUCGCACGACCUUGGCCUUUUGCCCGACGAGAAGCGCGCCGCCCAGGCUCCCUUGGCCGCGGCCUGUAUGACCGGAGACUACGCGGUCCAGAACGUUCUGCUCGGCAUGGGCCUCGGCCUCGUCGGCGAGGCCGGCAAGCGUAUCUCAAAAGUUCGCUCGUGGGUUCUCCGCUGCCACGCCUGCUUCAAGCUGUGUAAGGACAGCAGCAAGCGGUUCUGCCCCUCGUGCGGCAACGCCUCGCUCAUGCGCACCACCGUCUCGACCAGCGCAGUGACUGGCAAGCAGACCAUCCACCUCAAGAAGAACUUCCAGUACCACCUCCGCGGUACCAAGUACUCUAUUCCCGACCCCAAGAUGGGCCGCGCAAAGGGCCAGCAGAAGGGUGGCUCAGGUCUCAUUCUGCGUGAAGACCAGCUCGAGUGGCAGGAUGCCGUCCACUCCAACAACAUUGCGCGUCAAAAGGAGGAGAAGCGCGCAAUCCGCGGCGACGGCUCGUGGAUGGACCCCGACUGGAUGCCCGAGAUUAUCUCGGUCGGCUCCAACGGCAAGGGCCGUCACGACACGCGCGGCAUGCCCUCGAUCGGUCACGGAAGGAAGAACCCCAACGAGAGGAAGAAGCGCCGCUAG